AUGCAUAUUUCAAUGGUAUUGAAGAACUUUGACGAUCCGAGCAAGAGUAUUGGUGAUACCAAGAGAACAAAAACCAAAAGUCAAAUUGGUAUUUCACCUCUUACCACUACCACCAGAGAGAAUAAUAUCCACACCGAUCCUCCUGAAUAA